AGGCAGCACAAAAGACAGGCACACACAGCAGUCGUCAGAAAAAGGGAAACACUACGAACAGUAAACUUUCAGCUCUCGGUUUUCCCCCUGUAUCUCCGGAGCGGAAUAUAUCUCCUUUCACCGAGGAAGAUGUCGGGGCGCCUCAACCAGCAGCACGCGGCGUACGCGCAACGCAUGGAGCAGGAGAACAACCGGGUGCAGGCCACCCAGGCAUUGAACAGCUACUACAGCCACUGGGGCAAGGUGACGUCCCGUUUCGAGAACUGGACAAACAAAGAGUAUUACGAGAAGGCCGACCAGAAGCUGCAGUCCAGUCGCGAGCAGAAGGAGAAGCAGACGGCUCUCGAUGAGCGAAAGACCAGGCUUCGCCAGCUCUUGGCGCUCGAAAACGAGACUUACGACACCGAAAUGCAGCGACGCCGGAGGCCCCGCGAGCCGGGCGGCGGUGACCUCCAGAUGCUGGGCAGGGUCAACCAGUCGCUGAAGGAGCAAGAGCAGCUGCGUCGCAAGCUGGAGAUGGAGGCCAAACUCUACGGUCGCUGGCGGCAUGGCGUCGAUGACGAAAAGCUACUCUACCAGUCCAAGUCGGACAACGAGGUGCUGGCCAAGCUCAACUGGCUGGACCGCCAGAUCGAGAAUCAGCAGCACCGCGAGGAGCAGCAGGCCCUGGCCGCCGAGCGUCAGUUGCUGCUCCAGCAGGAGAUUAACCGCACCGAGCAGGCGCAGAAGGAGCGUCAGCAGAUCCGGGAGCAGCAGAUCCGCGAACUUCGUGCUCUUCAAGAGUCGCACAUGUCGGAGCUGAGACUGCGCCAGGAGGAGGCAGAAAAGCUGAAGGAGGAGGAGCAGCAAUUCCGGCUCUUCCUCGGCGAGCUGGACAAGGAGAAGGAGCUGCUGGAGGAGAGCACGGCCCUGGUUAUCCGUCGAGCCGAUGCAGGGCAUGCCUUUAACUUGAAGAAGAUCAAGGUCUUCAUCCGUCAGCGCAGCGAGGCCAGUCGCAAACAGAUCUCCCUAUGCAUCAAUCUUCUCCAGCGGAUGGCCAACUAUGUGGUCAAGGCGGAGGACUUGCAGGCUCUCCUCACGAAAUAUCGUUCGGAUCUGGCGAGCGAAGAGCUGGCCUGCACCCAAAUCGAGACCAUGUACGAGUCGGAGGCGAAGUACAACCUGCAGCGCUGCGAGGAGACUUGGCGGGAGCAGCACUUGCAGCGCUACGGUGAGCUGAGCAAGCUCAUUGAGCAGGAGAAGGAUAGCUUGGGGGCCCUGCUCCAGGCGAACAUCACGCAGCAGCAGACGGUGGUGGAGCUAAGGAGUCAGCAUCUCACCGGCAUUGAGCAGGCCAACAAGCAACUGGAGCAACUCAACGAAGAGCAGCCUGAGAAACCGGCUCCCUCGGUCAUCGAUCUUAAGGUGUCGGAAUCUCAGGCAGCUCCUUUGGAGGAGGACCCCGUGCCCAAGGUGAGCAACUCGUUCUCCAACCUCAACCUGGAUGUGUGGCAGGAUAUGCCACCCACUCGCAGCGAAAUGGAUUCUCAGCGUCUCACCAAAACCCGUUCCCUGAAUGUGGUCACUUCGGAGACGGCGGCUCCACCGAAGUUUGCUCGGAAACGUGUGGCCUGGACUUAACGGAGGGUCGAGCCUUACAUAUUUCCAUCGUUCCAGCUUAAAUUUAAAUAGUAUUACUAGACUUAGUGCUAGCUUAAAGUCGGUUUAGUUAUAGUUGGACACUUGUGAACCCACUACAGCCACUUCACGUGCUCGCCACUCCAGCACACUUCACUACACUCCACUUAUUCCUCCCACUCCACAAUGACGAGACCUCUUCCCCACACUCCAAUGGACACCACUAUGUGCACUUGUAGUUGAUAAGGCUGAUAGAUAGGCGUGCCCCCCUCGAUUAGGGGCGGGGUCGGGCAAUAAAUCACUCAAUUUGUGGGCCAGCAGGAAGUAAGUCUUUAAUUAUUGUCCAGGGCAAGUCAGGAUAGAAUGCGUAUGAAACAAAGAAAUAAAUUGUAUGAUUCCAGA